AUGGCUACCACUCUGACCAAAGCUACUGUUGUUCAAGCACCUGAUCGUCCAGCAUCGACGGGUACCAACAAAUCAAUCUUCCUCGCCGGCACAACCCACAAGGACGCGGGUGAUUGGCGCGCCACCUUGUGCAACGCCAUCGAGCACCAUCCCGUUACCAUAUUUAACCCCCUUCGACUGGACUGGGACUGGAGCAAUGAUAUGUCUGACAGCCGCUUCAGCGAACAAGUCACUUGGGAAUUGGAUAUGCAGGAGGCGGCCGAUCUGGUGGUGGUGCUUUUCCACCACAGCACCGCCGCGCCGAUCAGCCUUCUAGAGUUUGGGCUGGCGGCUCGCUCCGGCAAGGUAAUUGCUGCAUGUCUCGAGAGCGAGAGCAAGAGGUAUGAGAACAAGGGCAACGUCCAGGCCGUCUGUGCUCGGUUCCAGAUCCAGUUACUGGAAACCCAGGAAGACUUGCACGCCGCAGUGGUGGAAUUCCUCGCGGAAUGA